CCUGAUGGAGCCGGCCCACUCUCGCAGCCUCUCCGCUGGGUUACGGACGCCAGCGAGCCCUGGAACACGGACCACAAGCAAGAUGUAACACACAUAUUCCACACAGAGAGGCUUCUCCAAUUCUCAGAGGACGCUUUAAGGGAAAAGGAGGCACAGCAUAUGUAAAUGUGUCAUAUCUUUUAAAAAAAUAAACAAGGAAGGAACAAACAGGCGUACCGAGGAGACGGCGGAGCGUUUCACCUGAGAAACAACACAAAACAAUGUACGACUAAACUCAAAUCGGCGGCUGAGACGCGAUACGGAUAUUUCUGGAACCGGUCUAUCAUACACCCCUGGAUUACGGGAAAGGUCAUGACCCAGUUGCCAUGCGUAUCACCACGGUGACCGGCCUUCCUAGCCCCUCCCCCCUCUUCCUUCUAUUGGCCCAGCUGCCGUUGUGGCUCCUCCUCCUUGGCCAAGAGGUAGCAGGAGCCACGUCUACCUGCCCUACACCUUGCAGUUGCUCCAAUCAAGCCAGUCGAGUGAUCUGUACAAGACAAAACCUGGAUGAGGUGCCUGAGAAUAUAUCCAACAACACGCGAUACCUCAACUUACAGGAGAACUCGAUACAGGUGAUUAGGUCAGAUACCUUCAAGCACUUGCGGCACCUGGAGAUCCUCCAGCUUUCCAAGAACCACAUUCGUCAGAUUGAGGUCGGUGCAUUCAAUGGCCUCCCAAACCUCAACACACUGGAACUGUUCGACAACCGCCUCACGCUGGUGCCAUCGCAGGCGUUUGAGUACCUCAGCAAGCUACGGGAGCUCUGGCUUCGCAACAAUCCCAUCGAGACGCUGCCAGGCUAUGCCUUCCACCGGGUGCCCUCCCUUCGUCGCCUUGACCUGGGUGAGCUCAAGAAGCUGGACUAUAUUUCAGAUGCUGCCUUUGUCGGACUCAUCAAUCUGCGCUACCUAAACCUUGGUAUGUGUGGUCUGAAGGACAUCCCCAACCUGACGCCUUUGGUCCGGCUGGAGGAGCUGGAGCUCUCUGGAAACAGACUGGAGAUCAUAAGACCUGGAUCUUUCCAAGGACUGGAGUCUUUGCGCAAACUGUGGCUCAUGCAUUCCCAGAUGUCCGUCAUCGAGCGCAAUGCAUUUGACGAUCUCAAGAGCCUUGAGGAGCUGAACUUGUCGCACAAUUCCCUUCACUCUCUGCCCCAUGACCUCUUUACCCCCUUGCAGAAGCUGGAGAGAGUUCACCUCAACCACAAUCCCUGGGUGUGUAAUUGCGAUGUUCUUUGGCUCAGCUGGUGGCUGAAGGAAACGGUACCGAGCAACACAACCUGCUGUGCUCGGUGCCAUGCACCACCCUAUCUGAAGGGCAAGUACAUCGGCGAGCUUGACCAGAGCCAUUUCACCUGCUACGCCCCUGUCAUUGUUGAGCCUCCCACAGACCUCAAUGUGACCGAGGGUAUGGCUGCUGAGCUCAAGUGCCGCACCGGGACCUCCAUGACCUCCGUUAACUGGAUCACACCCAAUGGUACACUGAUGACCCAUGGGUCAUAUCGUGUCCGAAUCUCUGUGUUGCAUGAUGGCACUCUGAACUUCACCAAUGUAACCUUGCGUGAUACUGGCCAGUACACAUGCAUGGUGACCAACGCAGCUGGAAACACCACAGCAACAGCUGUACUGAAUGUCACCGCAGCAGAUGCCAGCAUCAACUACACUUACUUCACUACUGUAACUGUGGAAACUGUGGAAUCCACAGGAGAAGAGGAUUCUGCCCUGCGUUCCAUCAACGAGACCAUCAUCCACAUCCCUGGACCGACACCUUCUGGGCGUCUCUGGCAUGAUGUGAUCCCGACCACUGCCUCAUCUCUGUCGGUUUUUGGCUCUUCGUCCUCUCCCCGGGCAACCAAACCCACCUUUACUGUACCUGUCUCUGAGCCCAGCUACCCUUCGGGCCUGGAUGACGUGAUGAAAACCACCAAAAUCAUCAUUGGCUGCUUCGUGGCUAUCACCUUCAUGGCGGCUGUGAUGCUGGUGGUUUUCUACAAGCUUCGGAAACAGCACCAGCUCCACAAACACCAUGGACCAGCGCGGGCUAUAGAGAUCAUCAACGUAGAGGAUGAGAUCGGAGCAGGAGCCAGCGUCCGAGGCAGCGGGAUCAGCGGCGGCUCGACCGUGCCCCAGGUCGGAUCCGGAGGAGGAAGCCAAAGCUUGCGGCUGCACCACCCAGAGAUUGUCAACUUGCCCAACCUUGCUCGAGCGGAGCACCUCAACCACUACUACAAGCCCCACCACUUCAACAACAACAUGAUGGGUCUGGGCCUCUCUGGAGGCUCUGGUGUUGGCCUCAACAACAACAACAACCCUUCUUCUUGCUCCCAGUCCCAAACCACACCCAUCUCUUGCGCCCAGGUGCCUGUCUCUAUGGGCAGCGUGCCAUGCUCCAUUCCCUCCUCGAUGCCCCUGCCAAACCUCGGUAUCCACGGGUCACUCAAAGGCCUGAUAGGUAAAGGGCAGAACCCUCAGAUCGAGCCCCUGCUUUUCAAGAGUGGCUCCAAGGAGAACGUCCAAGAGACUCAGAUCUAAAACAGGAAGAGAGUGAGUGAGAGUGAGAGCGAGAGAGAGAGAGAGAAUGAAAGAUAGGGAGAUGAAAAGAGGAAAGAAUAAUGGAAAGAUAGCAUCAGGAAGACAGUAACAGAUGAAGGGCACUGGCUGUUCAGCCCCCGUGGGUAUGUUCUCAGGAGUAACGAGCGAGGUAGACCCAGCAUUGUAUGACAUAUUACCUACACAAGAAUAAGACGUAGCUGUGAACCACUACAAAGUCGGCACUGCGACGACACAGAGUGGGUGAAAGAGGAAGGCAAGACCACCACACCGCAGUUAGGAUAAUGUUUUUUACUUUUUUCCAUACCACACUGAUCAGUGUCGAAGCGAACGUGCUCCCACAGCAGCACACAGUACAGUAUCAACACAUUCGAAUUUAAGAUCAGCAUCAUGUGCCAAACUUGCACAGAUCCGUGCCAAAGCAGAAAUCUUUGCGCAUCAGCGUCACGAAGCAUGUCCACUAUCUCACAGAAAGGGUCGAGAACAGUGUCAGUGUCUGUACACCUACGCUGACAUGCUAUGAGACACUGCACAGUAUGCAUUAGAAGAUCUGUGUUCAUGAAUUCAUGAACAAAAUCUUUAAAAAAAAAAUAGAUAUAUACAUAUAUAUAAAUAUAUAUAGAACACAAGC